AUGUCUGCUUUAGCAACUGGGGCGAUCGCUUACCUUGCGAAUUUCGUUGUUGUAUUUGGGCUGUAUCCUUACCGAGAUUACGUCAAAGGCUUUGAUGUGACACGGAGGUCAGUAAAUAAUUUACCCCAAUUUUGCAUGAACCGCUACCGAGGCAUGCUGAACAAUCUAUCUCAACCCCUGCUUCUAGCAGCCCCACAAGGAUUUCUGUACUUUGGUUACGUUCUGGGAUUUGGCGGAUUCACCGGAGCUAUCCUAGGUGGAAUCUUUGCGGGAUACACAAAGGUUUUUGUCGGCACGGUAGCGCGCCGCAUGAGUGUCGGAAGCAGAUAUAAUCGUAUGGAUUGUCUUUCCUAUUCCUCCGUCCUGGAUUGCAUUAUUUCAAGUUACAGACACUACGGGGCUUUAUCUUUUUUUAUGGGUGGCCUCGCGACAUCCUUGAUAGCAGUGCUUUGGCAUGGAGUGUCUUUAGCUGUUCUGAAUCAAACUUACAGUAAGGGAAUACUAGAAAGCACUUGGGAUGCGUUUCGUAUUCAUGCUCUCAUGACGUUUCUGUCCAAUCCCAUUCGAAAUAUGUUCCGAUCCUCCUUGGUGCAAUGCGAGCGCUCGGGCGGUGUACGGAGCAUUCGCGGUUAUGCCACUGGUGAGGUUGCUAUUUUCAAGGAAGCAGGUGCUGUUUUUCUUACGAUGUGGCGCACGGAAGGCGUGCCCUUUUUCCUUCAUGGGGUUCUCCGCACGACAUUCAAGACUUCGGUACCUUUUGCCAUUGCAUACGGUCUCUUUAGGUCUAUGGGCGGUUCCAUCGGGCUACCUAAUCAUGGUAGUAGUAGUGGUAGUGGUCACAUCGGAGGUCGUCGCUUCUUGCGCCGCUACUAA